CCUUCGAUACCAGAGAGUGGUUAUGCGUGUUGGCUGUGCCUGUCGCGUCCAAGACGCUCGGGAAGAAUCAUUAAAAAACAGGCUAAAUAUGUGAUUUCCCAGCUCUGCUUUCGCUGCCAAAGACCGAUCAAGAUUAUUCGCAGUUCGUAUUUGGUCUUCGAGUGAUCAACUUCUCCAGCCUCAGGCCUUUGAGCAACCCAUUUGUUGGUGAAUUAGUGACAGCUGUGUGGUGAUUGGAGGUGAAGUGGCGGUGCCCGUCAUCCAUCGUGCUAGCCAUACUAUCCAACCAUCUUUUCGGUACUACUCCUCCUCCUCCUCCUCUGGGUUGAAUGCAACUAUUUUAAGGAACAGGUGUGUCGUUUCCAUGAAGCUCUGGUGAUCGGGAUAUUCACGUUUGGUGCCGCUCAUUUGCGAGAUAUUACUAUUCUGAUUAGUACUUCAAACGAUUGACCCCUUGAGGCGUUCACCAUGUGGCAAGGCAGCACGAAACUCACCAGGAAGCUCCUGAAGUUCCUGAUUAUGUUCGACAACUCGAAUUUGCUGUUCUUUCCCGGCCAAUUCUUAUCUGGCCGGGUGAUCAUUGAAGUUGAUGAUGACAUGCCAGUUAUGGGUCUGUUCUUUCAUGUCGUGGGCGAGGGCGUGGUGAAUCUAGCCUCCAAAGCCGAGGCCGUUACCGAUAAAGAAAACUACAUCGACUUCAGACUCAGACUUUUGGGCGAACCGGGUGGUGAAUCGGUCAUGUUGAGCUCGGGUAUCCACAGCUUUCCCUUCAAGUUAGGAUUGCCUUUGGGUUUACCCUCCACGUUCUUGGGGAAACACGGAUGGGUCCAGUAUUUUUGCAAAGCGGCCUUAAGGGAAGAGGGUGGCUUGACCCACAAAAAUCAACAAGUUUUCAUCAUCAUGAACCCGAUCGAUCUCAAUCUGGAGCCUCCCAUUCUGGCGCAACCUUUCCAUUGCGAGAUUGAGCACAAAAUUGGUAUGACUUGUUGGUCAUCAGGCCCAGUGACAUGCAGAGUGAGGCUGGACCGCGGAGGCUACGUCCCUGGAGAGGCCAUCUCCAUUUGGGCCACCAUUACCAACAAUAGCAAAGUCACAAUCAAACACACUAGGGCAUCAUUAACAGAGACCAUCCAAUACGUCACAAGAAGCAAAAUUAUUGAGACCGAAACUCGAGAAUUAUCUUCCGUGAGUCGUGGAAAAAUCCGAAAUGGGGAGGCGGACGAUUGGAAAAACGAAAAGCUAUUCGUCCCGCCCCUUCCGCCCACCAACUUGCGGGGAUGUCAUCUCAUCAGAAUACAAUACGACGUGUUUUUCAUUGUGACUCCGAGCAACCUGGAAAAGCCCAUCAAGCUUCAAUUGCCCAUUAUGUUGGCCACCUACCCACUUCGGAAUGAGGAUGGGACCUUACGGAGGAACAAAACCAAGAUUGAGUACCCAACCACCCUGCCUAUUUUCCGACCUUGGCUGGACGAGAAGACCUUCCAAUGAAAGAAAGACCAGAACAACCAACUAUCACACCAUGAAACGUGCCAUUGAAUACAAAGACGUUGUAAAUAGGCUAGCAGAUGGGUGCGCGUGUGUAUUGAGACACUCGACACCGUUUUAGAGUCAACUUGUAACUUUGUUGUAGUCCAAUUCGUAUGGUGAUAUUUAGUGAACGAAGCAGUCUGUAAAAGAUACCUACCUAUAUGAGCAUGAAUGUGACUUAACUCUGCAUAUAAAACCCGCACACACACACACACGCAUAAAAUUAGAACAAAUUUGUCCAAUAAAGUGGAGACAUAAUAAACAUAUACACUCACCACGUGUCUGUCUAGUCCAGUGCCGCUUGUUGAAAAAUAAUACCGAAAAUGGAAAGGCAAAGCAAUGAAUUGACUUGGUGAAAAAACAUAUGUAUUGUACAGUACAUCUGGAUUUGUUAAUUUGUUAAUCGUGGUACCAUUUUCUUGUAUCUGAGGUGCCUAAGUAA